UAUGCGGACGGAGCUAUUCCGAGACGGCGAGACCUGCCCUUGUCUGCAAUUCACUGGAAACUCCACGAACAACAAAUCGCGUUCUUGCUAAUAUAUAAGAAGUCCUCAUACAUCUCCUCCAGUCUCCGCGACAGGGAAGACAGCGAGGUAUAGGAAAUGGAGCAUGCGAUCGAGAGACAGCGGAUCCUCCUCCACCAUCUCCAACCCGCUUCCCCAUCUCAUCUUCCCGUCCUCUCGACUGCGGUUUGCGCUGCUGGAGACAACGCAAAAUACCAGAGGAGUUCUCCCAACGGCGACGAUGUGGUCAUCGUUGCCGCAUGCCGAACUGCUAUUUGCAAGUCCAAAAGAGGGGGUUUCAAGGAUACACACCCUGAAGACCUACUCGCAACAGUUCUGAAGGCAUUGUUGGAUAAGACUCAGCUGAAGCCAAGUGAAGUUGGUGAUAUUGUUGUUGGCACUGUCUUGGCCCCAGGAUCACAGAGGGCAAUUGAAUGCAGAAUGGCAGCAUUUUAUGCUGGAUUUCCUGACUCUGUUCCACUCAGAACUGUGAACAGACAGUGCUCAUCUGGUCUUCAGGCUGUUGCUGAUGUUGCUGCUUGUAUAAAAGCUGGUUUUUAUGAUAUCGGCAUUGGUGGAGGUUUGGAGUCAAUGACAGUUGACAGUGUCGGUUGGAUUGGACCUGUUAAUCCUAGAGUUGAAAUGUUUGCACAAGCUCGAGAUUGUCUACUUCCAAUGGGUAUUACAUCUGAAAAUGUUGCACAUCGUUAUGGAAUAACAAGGCAGGAGCAAGAUCAGGCAGCUGUUGAAUCUCAUAGGCGGGCUUCUGCAGCAAAUGCUGCAGGUAAAUUCAGAGAAGAAAUUGUACCUGUUACUACAAAGGUUGUAGACCCAAAAACAGGAGAGCAGAAGCAAGUCACAAUUUCUGUCGACGAUGGAAUCCGCCCAGACACAUCAAUGUCAGUUCUUUCGAAGCUUAAACCAGCUUUCAAGAAGGAUGGAAGCACCACUGCUGGCAAUGCUAGUCAAGUGAGUGAUGGAGCUGGAGCUGUCCUCCUCAUGAGAAGAGAUUUAGCAAUGCAAAAAGGACUACCGAUACUGGGUAUAUUCAGGAGCUUCUCUGCAGUUGGAGUGGAGCCUGGUGUGAUGGGGAUUGGUCCUGCUGUUGCAAUUCCGGUAGCAGUUAGGGCUGCUGGUAUUCAGCUUGAUGAAAUUGACCUUUUUGAAAUAAAUGAGGCUUUUGCUUCGCAAUACGUGUAUUGUUGUAAAAUGCUGAAGUUGGAUCCUGAAAAGGUUAAUGUUAAUGGAGGUGCUAUUGCUCUUGGACAUCCACUGGGCGCUACAGGUGCUCGAUGCGUUAGCACACUCUUAAAUGAGAUGAAGCGGAGAGGAAAGAAUUGCAGAUUUGGAGUUAUUUCAAUGUGCAUAGGAUCCGGCAUGGGAGCUGCCGCUGUUUUCGAGCGUGGUGAUGUGUAGAUCAGCAAAGGAAGUCUAGUCUGACAGCUUCUUGUCCAAGGUUGCUCUUCGGGGAUCGGGUCUUUAGCAAAUAAUAUGAUCUCGUUAGUUAAUGUUAUUAAGAACUACAUUUUUCGUAUUUAGCUCAUAUUGUUUAAUAAAAAUUUAUAUGGUGCAGCUUUUAAUAUAGAUUGAUUAGAUAAA